AUGGUGUUCAGCAAGGUGGAAGUGAACCUGAAAAGGCUGCUUGAGGCGGCCCCCCGCCAGCAGAAUCAGGCUAAGCUUGUCCAUUACAUAACCACAGCCAGGGAGCUGUUGGAGCAGCUUGGAGCUGAAAUUACACCAGAAGGAAUAUCAAGUGUUUCAAAAGCUAAGCUCAGUGAGUAUUCAGAAAAGAUUGAAGCACUAGCUGCCACGCUUGCUUCUCUAGUGCCAGAAAAUGAAAAUCUGGUUGAUGAGAGUAGAGAGCAAGACAACUCUUAUGAAAGAGAAAAGGUUGGGAGUCCAAUAUCCUUAUCAUCAGGAUUGCGGAGGAGAUCGACGGCUCAGAUGGAGGUUGGACCAAGCAGUCAUGAAAGAAAAGAAAAAGACACUGGAGCACCUAUUAAAUUGGAUGCAGAAGCUCAGGCUCAUAUUGAGAAGCAUAGGAAGCUGCAAGAAGAUCUAACUGACGAAAUGGUUGACUUAGCACGCCAGCUGAAGGAGAGUAGCCUUUUAAUGAACCAAUCCGUGCAAGAUACAGAGAAGAUCCUCGAUUCCACCGAGAGAGCCGUGGAGCAUAGCCUGGCGAGCACCGGCCGUGCAACGGCGCGAGCCUCGGAGGUCUACUCGCUGGCCUCCAAGACAACCUGCUUCCAGUGGUUGCUCAUCUUUCUGAUGACCUGCAUGUUUGUCAUGGUGGUUCUGCUCAUACGGAUCACCUGA